AUGACUGAUAAAGGCAAUUCCUAAACAAAGCAACCAACUUAAGCUAGUAUAGUUUAAAGAAACAAGCUUUUGAGACGUUAAGUGAGAGAUUACAUUAUAAAAAUGUCAGGUUUCAUCAUUUCAGUUACUUAUUUAGCACCAUUAGACAGAAUUCAGAAGCUUUUAUAAGUUCAAAAUGUAAAUUCUUUGAUUCCGCCUGAUCAAAGAUACAAAGGAUUCAUGGAUUGUGUAUAUAAAGUCUAUCGAGAUCAAGGUUUGCUUUCUUUUUGGAGGGGUAAUUUGGCAAGUAUCACUUCAUCAUCUUUCGGAUUGCUUUUAACUAUGAUCUUCAAAAAUAAAUUGAACAAGCUAAAUGGGAGUGAGACAUUCAUGGCUGAUCAUAAAAACUUGAUUCGCUUGAUGAUUAACGGAGGUAUAUCAGGUGUACUAUCAUAGCUUUUCGUCUAUCCAUUGUAUAUUGUUAAAACUAGACUAUAAACAGAUGUUGGUACUGCUCCAAAAAACAGAGAGUUUUACAACAUGAAUGAUUGCAUUGACAAACUCUAUUAGAAAGAAGGCUUAAGGACAUUUUACACUGGGUUUUCAUUAUUUUUAUUGAAGAACUUUAUCUAUAAGGGAAUAUUUUUUGGUCUUCAAGACUUCUAUCUCAAUAAUAAGGCUAAUCGUAAAGAGUAAAUUAGUCAAAUAGAAAAUUUUAAAGUGGCAUCAAUUAUCGUUUUCAUAACAGAGACUACUUGCUAUCCACUUAGUCUAAUUUUGAAUAGACUAAUCGUCUAACAAGGUAAAUCUGAUAAGUUAUUCUCCUCAAUACUUUAAUGUAUUAACUGGACAAUGAAAAAUGAAGGUUUAAUAGGGUUUUAUAGAGGAAUUCUUCCAUUAUAUGUCAAGACUUACAAUUCAUCCAUACUCGUUUUACUCUACAACUACUACUAUUAGACAUAAUUGCCUAAUAGGAAAUUGUUGUGA